UCUCUCUCCCUUUCUCUCUCUCUCCAGCAGCAGCAGCAGCAGGAUUCUGACACAUCUCCCUCAGCAGCAGUGUGUGUUUUUGAUUGUUUGUGUGUUAUAAACAAAUAUCAUUUAUUUAUUCUCAGACAUGAAGGAACUCUCUUCAAAGGUCUUCAUCUUGUCUUUAACAUACUUGUGUGUCCUCUGGAGUGGUCUGGAUGAGGCUUGGGCUCAGGACGCAGUCGCUGGUCAUGGCUCGCUACGGCCGGGGUUGACAUGGCAACAUAACGGGCAGGUUUUCAGCAUCCUGAGCCGUGGUGCCCAGUACCGGCCGUCCGGCAGGAGGCAAGCCGAGACGCAGACCCGCGGCGAUACCGUGGUGGUCGUCAGCAACGGCGACAAUGACACGGUGCCCUCCGCAGCACAGUCCCGCGGCUCCCCGCGGGUCCCCGCAGCCAGCGGCAGUGCGCAAUUACGCACGAUGACGCGUCGGUGGCACCAACAGCAGGAUCCGCCACCAUCCGAAGGCGAUGGUGCCUCUGCCACAGUGAGACGUGAGGACAUGAUGGUCGGAGAUGAUCCGUACAACCCGUACAAGGCUUCUAACUAUUAUCCCUAUUAUAACUACUACAACUCCUACUACAGACCUAGAGCCCGGAGCCACUACCGACAUGGACACGGCACCAGCUACCACCAGAACGGUCUCCCUGACCUGGUUCCUGACCCCUACUACAUCCAGAUCGCCACCUACAUCCAGAGAAUUCCCAUGUACAACCUGCGCUGUGCUGCUGAAGAGAACUGCCUUGCCUCCUCCUCCAGAAACGCUCAUGACUAUGACACCAGAGUUUUGUUGCGUUUCCCUCAGAGGGUCAAGAAUCAAGGAACAUCUGAUUUCCUGCCCAGUAAACCUCGAUAUUCCUGGGAGUGGCACAGCUGUCACAAUCACUUCCACAGCAUGGACGAGUUCAGCCUGUACGAGCUGCUGGACUACCAAACGCAGAGUCAGGUUGCUGAGGGUCACAAGGCCAGCUUCUGUUUGGAGGACACUUCCUGUGACCCAGGAUAUUACCGCCGCUUUGCCUGCACUUCACACACCCAGGGUUUGAGUCCAGGUUGCUACGACACCUACAACGCUGACAUUGACUGUCAAUGGAUUGACAUCACUGACGUCCAGCCAGGGAAAUAUGUUCUCAAGGUGACGGUAAACCCCCGGCAGCAGGUUCCAGAGUCCAACUAUAACAAUAACGUAGUUCGCUGUGACGUCCAGUACACCGGCACCGCCGCCCAUGUCUCUGGAUGUACCAUGACAUCCUACUGAGAUGAAUUCAUGAUGGACCUGAAGGUGAAGACAUGUUUGGAGUUGAGCGAAUAUUCACAGGUGUGAAUAUUGAAGUUACACUUUGUUUACAUGUGACUAUAAUAAUUCAAUUUAAUUCAUAUUACUGAAAAAAAAAACACUAUUUGAUUUAAAAACAAAACAAAAACAAUAGACUUUAUACUAAAUGGAUUUUUUAUUAAUCAGAUUACUUUCUAUUAAAAACGUAAAAGUUUAGGUGGUGGGUUGUUACAAAGAUGUUACACAUUUAUUCUUUUUUCUAUUCUAUUCUGACCAGGGCUGCAAUAUUUUUUUUUUCAAUAACUAAAACAAGCUUUUUGAUUUUUCUUUGCUACAAAUAACAAAGAAAUCAUUCAAACUGAAUCAAUGACAUUGGAGAACAUCAUCAUUUCCAUGUUUGGGAAACAAUAAUCAACAUUUUAUUGUCCAAGUACUUCAUUAUUCAUGAAAAUAAUCAACAGAUUACUCGUUUAUGAAAAUAGUUGCAGCUCUAGUUCUUUCUUUAGUCAUGAAAAUUGUAUAUUUUCUUUAUGAGACUUUCUUCUUUUUCUUAAUGAAGCAGCACAACUUGAAACAGAUAGUUCAGGCUUUUUGAAGUAUGGUUGUAUGAGGUAGUGUUGUAGUACUCGAGAUCGGUCUUGGUCUCGAGACCGAUCUCAAGACCACUUUUUGAAGGUCUCGGCUGCAUUUUUACCCGGUCUUGUCUCGGUCUCGGACAAAGCAGACUCUGGAUUUUAUUUCAAGACCACAACUGUGGGGAUAUCAAUAAAUUGCCUGUGCAUUUUUGGAUUAACUUGUUAAUAUCAUUACUGUGAUUUUGCGUAAAUCGUAUUGCAUCGGGUACAACCAAUAACUUGACUCAUUUAUCAUUUGAAAUGUUUGUCACCGUUAACGGCUGUCACCCCUCCCGCCCCCUUUCACACGCCCCCCACAAAAGUGCAUGUGCCGUGAGAAGAUGUCAGCCAACUUAUCUAUAAUAAAAUUUAGUUACCUGAACCACAAAGACUUUUUGUGCAUAAAUACCUCCAAAAGAAAACACAGCACAACGUUGAAAUUCAGCAAAGCGACACUAACGGAGACGGCUGGGACCACGUCCAACUUUUACUGCCUCAGUCUUGGUCUUGUCUCGGUCUCGACCCCUCAAAGUCUUGGUCUUGUCUCGGUCUUGACCCCUCAAAGUCUUGGUCUUGUCUUGGUCUCGAUACACUGUGGUCUUGGUCUCGACUUGGCCUCGGUUUAGGUGGUCUUGACUACAACACUAGUAUGAGGUACUUGCACACAUAGUCAGCAUCGUACAUCUAACUGCACACUGUG